CCGGUGUCAGACCUGGGUGAGCGCUGGCAGUUCCGCGGCGGGGAUGCUGAGGAGCGGUGGGUCCGCGAGCAGCCGUCGCCACUGCGGACUUCAGAAGCACCCUGGGCCGUGAAAACCCGUGCGCCGCGGCCGAUCCCAGGCUUCUGAGGCCAUUCAUCGCUCCAGAAGCUGGACGAGAGGAGAGUCCAGCGAGGCAGCGGCCGUUCCCGGAUUCUGGGCUCUCGGAACGUCCUGGAACCUUGAGAGAGAGAGCCCGGGGUUCUAGAACCUCCCCAGCGGCCCCCAGUCCCGGCUUCCUGCGUGCGUCCGUCCACUACACCCUCCAGUGCACUGGUCGUCGGCGAGCCGCGGCUGGGUCCUGGCGCACACCAUGAUCGUUGCGGACUCUGAAUGCCGCGCGGAGCUUAAGGGCUACCUGCCGUUCUCCCGGGGCAGCGGCGGCGGCCCUGGGGCCGGAGAGGAGCAGAGGGAGAGGCGGGUGCGGGGCGGCCCUCGGGGGCCCAGCGCCUUCAUCCCAGUGGAGGAGGUCCUUCAGGAGGGAGCUGAGAGCCCCGAGCAGAACCUGGGACUGGAGGCGCUGAUGUCCUCGGGGCGGGUGGACAACCUGGCCGUGGUGAUGGGCCUGCACCCCGACUACCUUAUCAGAUUCUGGCGCCUGCACUACCUGCUGCUGCACACAGAUGGGCCCCUGGCCAGCUCCUGGCGCCACUACAUCGCCAUCAUGGCUGCCGCCCGCCACCAGUGUUCCUACCUGGUGGGCUCCCACAUGGCCGAGUUUCUGCAGACUGGUGGUGACCCCGAAUGGCUGCUUGGCCUCCACCGUGCCCCUGAGAAGCUGCGCAAGCUUAACGAGAUCAACAAGUUGCUGGCACAUCGGCCAUGGCUUAUCACCAAGGAGCAUAUCCAGGCCUUGCUGAAGACAGGCGAGCAUAGCUGGUCCCUGGCUGAGCUCAUCCAGGCCCUGGUCCUGCUCACCCACUGUCACUCACUGGCCUCCUUUGUGUUUGGCUGUGGCAUCCUGCCUGAGGGGGACCCGGAGGGCAGCCCUGCCCUCCAGGCACCUUCGCCCCCCAAUGAGCAAAGCAGCCCCCCGAGCAGGGACUCACUGAACAGUUCUGGGGGCUUCGAGGCCGCCCGAGACGUGGAGGCUCUGAUGGAACGCAUGAGGCAGCUUCAGGAGAGCCUGCUGCGGGACGAGGGAGCAUCCCAGGAGGAGAUGGAGAGCCGCUUUGAGCUGGAGAAGUCGGAGAGCCUGCUGGUGACCCCCUCAGCUGACAUUCUGGAGCCUUCUCCACACCCAGACAUGCUAUGCUUUGUAGAAGACCCCACUUUCGGAUAUGAGGACUUCACCCGGCGAGGGGCUCAGGCGCCCCCCACCUUCCGUGCCCAGGACUAUACCUGGGAGGACCAUGGAUACUCACUGAUCCAGCGGCUCUACCCUGAAGGAGGGCAGCUGCUGGAUGAGAAGUUCCAGGCGGCCUAUAGCCUCACCUACAACACCAUGGCCAUGCACAGCGGCGUAGACACCUCCAUGCUCCGCAGGGCCAUCUGGAACUACAUCCACUGCGUCUUCGGCAUCAGGUACGAUGACUAUGACUACGGGGAGGUGAACCAGCUCCUGGAGCGGAACCUCAAGAUCUAUAUCAAGACAGUGGCCUGCUACCCAGAGAAGACCACCCGAAGAAUGUACAGCCUCUUCUGGAGGCACUUCCGCCACUCAGAGAAGGUCCACGUGAACUUGCUGCUCCUGGAGGCCCGCAUGCAGGCCGCCCUGCUCUACGCCCUCCGAGCCAUCACUCGGUACAUGACCUGACUCCUGCCCAAGACCUGGGCCUGGAGCAGCUGACCCUGGGGAUAUCAUCGUCCCAGCAAGAACUUCUGUGUCUGGAGACAGACCCGAUCCCUUUCUGUCCCACGCCCGCCCACCACGCUCUGGGGGGGUGGGCUUUUGUGUGCCAUGCAGCCACGCCCUUUGUUUUCUCACUGGAAUGGACAGGAUCUCUGGGAUCUGAGCUUUGUCCCCGGCAGCUGGAAGAGGACUAGCAGAUCCCCAGGGGCCAUGCCCCUUCUCCUGCCCCUACACCCAGAGGCAGAGGGCACCGGAAGUAAAAUGGGCUGACUUUGGACCAUGCGCCCCCAGGGUGGGCCCCAGGCUCCGCAAGUACUGUGACCUUCCUGGACCGGGAAGGUCCUUCGCCGGCCCCCAGGGAGAGAGGCAAACAGGUCCAGGAACUGACACUCCAAGCAGCUUUCAUUUUCCUCCUCCCUCAUUCCUUUCUCAUUUACCUCUCACCUGCCAUUCACCCAUCAAUGUGAAAGUCAGGGUCACAGCUGGUCUGUGCAUCCAGCUCCCCAAAAACCCGUUCUGUCAGACAACCUGAAGGCCCCCUGUUUCCUGACUGCCCCAGCCCUACUUCACUUCCUUUGACGUCCUUUGCCCUCCUGCCCUCCUCUCCCACACCUGGUGCCCCACGAGAGCGACCGAGUACUUCAAACCAGUAGGUUAUCAUUAGAGGAUUGGAGUAGCUCUGUUGGUCACCGCUUUCUGAAGAGUAGGAAGUAUUAGAGUCUAAGUUCUCUGUAUUUUGGUCCUUUAUGGGUGAAAUUCAAACCUCUUCAGCGGCUCGCCUCUGAAGCCAUGGUCAGUGGCAACAAGGAGGCGGAGGGCGGGGCAGUCUGCUCUGUCCAGAGCUGCACCUGCCCAGCACCCUGCCCUCCUGUCUCCUGUGGCUCUGCUGCACACGUUUGCCAAAAUCUUGAUCCUUUCUAGGUGGCACAUGGCCCAAAGGGAGAGGCAGGAGAUCCCCCGGUUCUUGUUUGGACCCUGCCACUGGCCAGGUGACCAUGGCGAUAUUGCCAAAACUCCUUGACCUCUAUCUCCGAAGCUGCAUUGCCGACCGAGAGGUGGGGCUAAGUUCCAUGUCUGGGUUUCUCAGGCCACCCUGCCAGCAGUGAGCCACAAAUCUUGAAGGAUUUUGAAGGCCCCUGGGAGCCCCCCACUCUUGCAGUCAGUCUCCUGGCUACCUCCAAGGACCAUCCAGUUUCUGUCCCCUCUCCUCAAUUUUAGGUGGAUUGCUUGGAGGCAGAAGCAACCAAGGACUGAUCCCAGGCACUUUUUGUAGCAAAUAAGCUGUGAAUUAUGACUUCCCUUGCCCUUUUUUCAGUAGUAUGUGACUCCUCUCUGACCAGUUUGGAGGUGACUGAAAGAAGCCAAAGGCCAAGAUGCUGCUGGCUGCUGCGCUCCUCUCUGGGCUGGGGCAGGGGAGGGGCCUGGUCGGUGUGCCGCAUUUCUUCCCCAUGCAGGCGUGGGGAUGUGACUGGCACCCCCGCAGGCCUCUCGGCCCGCCCUGCAGUGAAGUUGGGCUGGAGGGAAAGUGCCCCAGCCCUGGGGUUCGGGUUCGAGAGGGGACACGAUGACUCUGUAAAUGUCCUGUAGGUGGGUGGGGAGGGCUAUUCAGUGUUCAAGAACAGAAGUCUUUGGCUUUGCUACCAGUUCUGUAUGAUGAGAAAUAAAUGUUCACCAAGGUUUUGUUUUGUA